GGAGGCAGCGGUGAUGCUGUUGCCGAUGCUGAGUCCGUGCUGCCAGACGAGGGGAAGCAACGUCGGCGCUCCGACACCAGCGAGACGAGACGCUCAGAGGGGGACUGAGGAGGAUCUUCGGCAUCCUUGGAAAGCAACACGAGCAGCGAGAAGAUGACUCUGGCAGCCUACAAGGAGAAGGUGAGGGAGCUCCCCUUGGUGUCCUUGUUCUGCGCCUGCCUGCGGCCACAGAGCUUGGACAAGGCCUCCUACAAGGCGGAAGAUGCGGUGGACCUGGGUCUGUGCGCCAUGAAGGACGUGGAGGUGAUCGAGCUGAACAAGAGGGCGUCCGGUCAGGCCUUCGAAGUCAUCCUCAAGCCCCCGUCCUUUGACGGCCUGCCGGACCUCAACGCGUCCGUGCUCCAGCGCCGAGACCCCAGCCUGGAGGACAUCCAGAAGAAGCUGGAGGCCGCCGAGGAGCGCAGGAAGUGCCAGGAGGCGGAGCUACUGAAGCACCUGGCGGAGAAGAGGGAGCACGAGCGCGAGGUGAUCCAGAAGGCCUUGGAGGAGAACAACAACUUCAUCAAGCACGCCAAGGAGAAGCUGGAGCAGAAGAUGGAGGCCAACAAGGAGAACAGGGAGGCCCUGCUGGCGGCCAUGUUGGAGAGGCUGCAGGAGAAGGACAAACACGCAGAGGAGGUGCGCAAGAACAAGGAGCUGAAGGAGGAGGCCUGCCGAUAAAGCCCCGCUUCAAAAGAGCCGAAUAGAGAAGGAGGAGAAGGAUUAAAAAGAUGAUUUUGGUUUGUUGUUUUUUUCUCGCGAGAGGAAAAGAGUGCAGGGAAGAAAACACUCAAAGGAAAAUGUCAUAUUAUUUAUUGACGUACAAAACCUACAUCAUUUCUAAUGUUGAAACAAGUUGACUUGUGAUAUUUGGCUGGCGUGUAUUAAGUAAAAUACUUACAGUACAAACACUUGGUAGGGCGCAACAUGACACAUUCAGCUUCAUGGAAAAAGCUACUUCCUGGUUCGACAACAUACCAUAAAUACAGCACUGCCAUCUAAUGUCUUGGAAGUGCAACUGCACUUAUUACAAUUAUUUUUAAAUGUUACAUAAAAAAAAAAAGCAUUUUAUUAUCCAACCAUUAAUAUUUAUUAACACACACAAAGUACCGAAAAUUGGAGCCGUUGAGAAACCGGUAUUGACUACCAGGUAUGGGGAAUUGCUACCGUAUGGGUUCAAAUGUGAACGGUAUCCAUUGACCAAGUGAGUAGUGACAACAUGAAUCGGCAUAGUGAUACGAUACUUCCCAGUGAUAUCAACACCCGGGGCCACUUGAAAAUGUACACAAAGAAAAACCACACUUCCAGGAUAUACUUUGUGAAGUCAGUCCAAAGUUAUAAGUCGACAUAUAUCUGAGUACAAAGAACGACCCCUUUUAUUCUGAAAUUCAAAUGUCUAAACAUUAAAAUCUUUUUAAUGGUUUCAUAAAAUGUAAUAAAAUUUAACAUGACCAAACUUCUCUUAUUAUCAUUUUUUGUAAGGUCAUACAUUUUUACCAUCACGACUACUAUCAAUAUUAUCAUUAUCACUACUAGGGGUGUCCCGAUACAACAUUUUCACUUCCGAUGCGAUACCAAUAUUCGGUCCUGUAUAUUGAUCCAAAACGAUAUCAGCAGGAAUGAUACAUACUCGUAUUAUUUAGUAGUGUGGAAUGUUAGAAAAGGUUUGAUCAGGUGAAAUGAGUCCAUCACAGAACAAUGGUAGCUAUGAAAAACACUAACAUAUUUAUUAUUAAUGGACUUAUGCUGUCUUUAAGUUGAAGUGGAUAGGUCAUUGUGGUUUUCUGGCGACACCUCGGGGUCACAAUAAUUCGUUGGGGUAAGCUCACGACGCAGUAAGUUGAACAGUGCGGACACGUUUGUUACUUGGAGACUUUGUAUGUGUAAGUAAUAUGCAACCAUAAUUAUUUGAUACUUGUUUAUGUUGACAAAUGUCACCUUUUAUUGUUCAAUGAUUAUUACCUACGUCUAGCUUGUGUGCUAUUGUGUGCUUAGCUGUCGUGUAGCUGCCAGCUCCUAGUAGCAGAUAGCCUAGCAUGUUUACCUUUUUGCAAAUGAGUCAAAUAGAAGAAAUUGUGUGUUUAUUGGAAGACGUUUAUUUAUUUAUUUAUUACGGAGCCCCUAAAGGGACAUGGGGGGAAAAAAAUAUUUUUUUUAUUUUUU